AUGAAGAGAAAGUUUCAUAAUUCAUUGCUGGAGAAAAUUCAAAAUUUAUCUGAUAGAAAUCCUAAUGAAUUUUGGAAGUUAGUUAAUACAAUAAAGACAAACAAAUCUUCGGGAACCUGUAAUGAAAUAUCGCCAACCGAGUGGUUUGAUUAUUUUGAAAAUUUAAAUAGAUUCAAUGACCAUGGUGACAAGAAUAGUCAUGAAGUACAAAUUGUAAAAGACUAUAAUAUUUGGGCAGCGACAAAGAAUGAAACGCUUGACAAACCAAUUUCUUCUGUGGAAAUUUAUAAUUUAUCAAAAAAGUUAAAAAACAAAAAAGCUUCUUCAGUGGAUUCUUUAUCCAAUGAAAUAAUCAAAUUAGCAGUCAAAGCCUUACCAUUAUAUUUUGUCAAAAUUUUUAACACCAUUUUAUCAAAAGGAGUAUUUCCAUCCGCUUGGGCUAAUGGCAACAUUGUUCCAAUAUAUAAAUCGGGUAAUACGUUUGACCCUGGUAAUUAUAGAGGAAUAUGUAUCAGUAGUUGCUUGGGGAAAUUUUUCACUUUAAUAAUGAAUACUCGUUUAAAUGAAUUCCUGGAAGAAAAUAACGUAAUAAAUAAGUGUCAAAUUGGUUUUCGAAAACAUCAUCGAACAGCUGAUCACCUUUUAGUUUUAAAAACCUUAAUUGAUUUUUACAAAUCUCAUAGAAAACCGAUUUUCGCUUGUUUUAUCGACUUUAAAAAGGCGUACGAUAGUGUUUGGAGAAAAGGUCUUUUGUUUAAGCUUAUUUCAUGCGGGUGCAGCAAAACAUUUUUACGAUUUAUAUCAAAUAUGUAUUCCUCCGUAA